CUGAGUGUAAGUUUUUUUGACCAGUUUAUAAGCACAACAUACUUAGGGAUCCCCUUAAUCGCACUAGCAUUAACCUUUCCUUCCAUCUUAUACCCUACAACCUCAACCCGGUGACUAAACAACCGACUGCUUACACUACAAAACGCGUUCAUCAAUCGCUUCACUCACCAACUACUUCUACCCCUAAACGUGGCUGGCCACAAGUGAGCCACUCUCCUGGCCUCCUUAAUACUCUUUUUAAUCUCGCUAAACAUGCUCGGACUCCUGCCCUAUACUUUCACCCCAACCGCCCAACUAUCUCUUAACUUAGGAUUUGCAGUCCCCCUCUGAUUAGCUACUGUUAUCAUUGGAAUACGAAACCAACCAAAUCACGCACUAGGUCACCUUCUACCAGAAGGCACCCCUAAUCUCCUAAUCCCUAUACUCAUUGUCAUCGAAACAAUCAGCCUAUUUAUCCGCCCCCUGGCCUUAGGUGUACGACUAACUGCUAACCUAACAGCAGGCCACCUGCUCAUUCAAUUAAUCUCUACAGCUGUAUUUGUACUCCUACCACUCAUACCAACCGUAGCUAUUCUUACAGCAACAGUCCUAGUUCUUUUAACACUGCUAGAAAUUGCCGUAGCAAUAAUUCAAGCCUAUGUGUUUGUACUACUACUAACGCUCUACUUACAAGAAAACAUUUAA